AAAGCAGUGAUUCAGUGCGCUUGGGCCCUGCUUUCGGCCAUCGGCGAUGGCAGCUUCUCCACGAAGGCAUUGUUCGAACGACGGGCUAGACAGAUCGCCCUGAACGGCCUCGGCGUGAGGAGCCUUCACACGCUGCUUGCAGGCGUCGGGGCCCCCGUGUGCUCGGCGUUGGCGCUCGAUGCGGUCGCGGCGAAG